CACCAAAGGUUUGUGCGCGGCCCUAGGAGUCCGUUACCGGCCGCCAUGAACCGGCUGUUGGAUGACAACGACCCCUAUGCGGUGGAAGAGCCCAGCGACGAGGACCCGGCUUUGAGCAGUUCUGAAGAUGAAGUGGAUGUGCUUUUACAUGGAACUCCAGACCAAAAGCGAAAACUGCUCAGAGAAUGUCUCACUGGAGAAAGUGAAUCAUCUAGUGAAGAUGAAUUUGAAAAAGAAAUGGAAGCUGAGUUAAACUCUACCAUAAAAACAAUGGAGGACAAGCUGUCCUCUCUGGGAACAGGGUCUUCCUCAGGAAGUGGGAAAGGUGGAGCGGCUGUGACGAAGUACUAUGAUGAUGUAUAUUUUGAUUCUGAUUCUGAGGAAGAAGACAGAGCAGCAGGGGAGACCAAGAAAAAAAAGAAGAAACAAUACAGGAUUCCAACAAAUGAUGAGUUACUGUAUGAUCCUGAAAAAGACAACAGAGAUCAGGCCUGGGUUGAUGCACAGAGAAGAGGCUACCAUGGGUUUGGCCUGCAGAGACCACGCCAGCAACAGCAGCCGGUUCCCAGUAGUGACGCUGUGCUGAACUGCCCUGCCUGCAUGACGACCCUGUGCCUGGACUGCCAGAGGCAUGAAUCUUAUAAAACUCAGUAUAGAGCGAUGUUCGUGAUGAAUUGCUCUGUCAACAAGGAGGAGGUUCUAAGAUACAAAGCCCCGGAGAAUAGGAAGAGAUGGCGAGGCCGGAAGAAGAUGAGGUCUAACCAGGAAGACGCUGUGCAGCAGGUGGAGACGGCUGUGGAGGAAACCUACCACCCGGUGCUGUGCUCCGAGUGCUCCACGGAGGUGGCUGUCUUUGACAAGGAUGAAGUCUUUCACUUCUUCAACGUUUUAGCAAGCCAUUCCUAAACAGUG